AAAGUCGAUAAAGCUUUAGCGCGGUGUCCUAUCAUGACACGCCGUGUUUCUCUUGUUCAAAUAUACGCCUGUCUGGCGUUUGUCAUCGCUAUCGUCACGACCGAUCAAGAUGUAUGUGAUAAGACAAAAUGCUUGGGUCCGUUGGAGUAUUACAAACUGCUUGAUUGUAAACCCGUGUACGAAAAAGAAGGCGAUUGUUGCGCGAUAAAAUACAACUGUGAUCAUCUAAAAGAGAGACUUAAGGACAAAUGUUAUGUCAACGGCAAAGAGUACCAAAUCGGUGAACAUCUCAAAGAUGAAGAUAGAAAUCCUUGCGAUAUUGGAUGCACUUGUAUUGAAAAUAAUGGAGUCGCUGCAUUUGUUUGCGCUGGUAUCGAUUGUGUUUUCGCACCUACGAGGCCUGGAUGCUUCAGUCGAAGUAUUCCGUCACAAUGUUGCGGUAAUGAAGAAGUUUGUCCUGAAAACCCAGAAGACAGAGCUACUUGCGUAGUAGACGGAAAGACAUAUAAAGAUGGCGAGUAUUUCGAAGUAAAAAAUGAACCUGAUAUGACUUGUAUUUGCAGACCGGGAUACGAAGGUAAAAAUGUCGAGCCUUUCUGUGUCAAGUCCAAACAUCCAUAUUGCAGUCCUGACUUCCGUAACGCGCGGGAUAUUUCUGAGAACUGCGCUCCAGUGUUUUAUAGCGAUCAACCGCCUCAAACUAGCUGUAGCUUGAGUACGAGAUGCCAAAAUGAUAACGACACCGUCAUUCACAAUCAUGACGAUUUGAAAUCUGGCGAAACUUUAAAUGAAGAGAAUGUAUGCCUACUUGGUAAUCUGAAGAUGCAUAUUGGCGACGAACUAAGCAGAGGUACAGAUUACAGUUCCACUUGCGUUAAGUGCAUUUGCGAAGUGCCACCUGUACCAACCUGCCAACGAUUGUCAGAUAACGAAUGUGAUUUUUCACCAAUUUUUUAAUUAUUAUACUGAGACAUACAUGCGCGCGUGUAACGCGCGCUUUUUUUCUAUUCUUUCCUUUUGUUCUUUCCCUUUAAUUGUAUCUGUAUUUAAACACUUUAAACUUGUUAAACAGCUACUAAAAUAAAGUUGUCAAAAUACAAA